UAUAGUUCUCGGCUUAAUUCUCUCAAUUACAUGUUUUAUUGAAAUUGGCGCGCAUGUGACAACUGACAACGUGAUCUGUUUGUACGAAAAAUCGAGUAUCAGGGCAAAAAUAAAUAGUUACAUCCACUUUCAAAGACCAAUUCCAGAUUGCCCUGCCCAAUUCUGACUAAGCACAAAAAAAUUUCAGUUGCCGCUCCAACAUGGUGAUGAUUGGGUAUCGAGAAUGAAGAAAAAAGGUGUUUGUAAAUGUUUGUAGCAUUUAGCAUAGUUGUGAUUAAAUUCAGAUUAUGCAAAUAUAACGAGCUUAAACAUUUUUUUGUUUGACUUACAACGAUAAAAAGAUUCCUUUCUUAUUCAAGUGACAAAAGAUUUUAAAGGCCAAUAUUUCAAUGAUUUAAGCAUAAUAAGACACUUAUUAAUUAGGGAAAGCUUAUAAAUCAUGAGUAAACUUCGUUUGGGAUCUGAUUAUAUCCCAUUAGUGGAAGAGGAAAUCAGCAGGUUUCGUGUAAUACUUUCAGUCUCAAAAAUUGCAUGGUUUACCGUGUGUCUACCCUUUUUUAGCUUUAUAUUUUGUAUUUUGUGGUCUAUACUUUAUAAUUUUGAACAUGCCACUGAAACACAUUGUAAAGUAUAUAACUUCCUGCCAUCCGUUUCAGCUGCGAUUGGCCAUUAUAGGCCUCAAAAAAAUGUCUGGGAGAUAGCCAUUGCUACUCAAGCUAUAAUUAGAACCUUAGUGCUAUAUAUGUAUUAUCGAUAUUAUAAAGAGACUGUUUAUAAAUGGGCAAGGAACAUGACCAAUUUUGCCCUUCUUAGUUAUUUUUCAGAAAACAUAGCAUUAGUUACUUUGAGCUUUUGGUCUUCCAAUGAAAAUUAUGUGUUACAUAAGAUAUCAUUUAUAACUUUUUUAUUAAUGUCUUUAAUGUACAUGGUUAUCUCAUAUAUUAUUGCCAAAAAUUGUCGCAAUACUACCAAAGACAUUCAUAAUAGUACAUCAAUCAAAUGGAAAUUCAAUUCAAUGGUUUUAAAUAUAAGCGCUGUAAUGUUAGCUUGUUACUUUUUUUAUCGACACAAUAAAUACUGCGAACCGUUUGUUUAUUCGAUGUUUGCUUUAGCCGAGUAUAUUGUAGUUAUUACAAAUAUGGCAUUUCAUGUUACAGCGGCAUAUGAUUUUGCAGGCUGGAAAAUAUUAAUAUCCACAAAUGGAUUAAAAAUUAUUUAAUACACGAGACGUUUAAAAAGAUUGUUUUUUUAACGUUUAAUAUUGUAAAUAUUAAACUACUAAGAGAUUUGUACAUAAUCGAUUAAUCUUUAAUAUAUAAUAAAAUGU